ACGUUUUGCAGUCCUGGCUACCCAGCCCUUCCCGAGGGCCAAGGUCCCAGGAACAACCACCCCCGACUUCGGACCCCCCGCCCAGAAAGUCCAGAUGGGACCUACAGCGAGGCCGGGGCGCUUCUUCGGGGUCUACCUGCUCUACUGCCAGAACCCUCGGCAUCGGGGCCGCGUUUACGUGGGAUUCACUGUCAAUCCUGCCCGUCGGGUCCGGCAGCACAACGCCGGUCGCAAAAAAGGUGGCGCCUGGAGGACCAGCGGGAGAGGACCCUGGGACAUGGUGCUGAUCCUGCACGGUUUCCCGUCUGCUGUGGCCGCCCUUCGGUUUGAAUGGGCCUGGCAGCAUCCUCACGCCUCACGCCGCCUGACUCACGUGGGGCCGCGCCUGCGCAGCGAGGCCUCCUUUGCCUUCCACCUGCGCGUGUUGGCGCACAUGCUCCGAGCUCCUCCGUGGCUGCGCCUCCCUCUAACCCUGCGCUGGCUGCGACCCGACUUCCGCCAGGAACUCUCUCCGGCACCACCACCACACAUGCCCAUCGCCUUUGGGCCGCCGCCACCCCAGCCCUCGGUCCCGAAGCGACUCACGGCGAGUGAGGCUGACAGCGAGCGCCCGCUGGAUCUUGAUGCCAAGGCCAGCUGCAUGCUGUGCGCGCGUUUGCUGCAGGAUGAAGAGGGCCCCCUGUGCUGCCCCCACCCCGGUUGUCCCCUAAGAGCCCAUAUCAUCUGCCUGGCAGAGGAGUUCCUGCGGGAAGAUCCCGGGCAGCUUCUACCCCUCGAGGGCCAUUGUCCUAGCUGUAAGAACUCAUUGCUUUGGGGAAGCCUGGUCGGGCAGUGCCGCGUGGACACCGAGGAGGAAGAGGACUUGGAAUUGGAAGAGGAGCACUGGACAGACUUGCUGGAGACCUGAUUCUAAGUGUCCCCCACGUUCACCCUGUUCCUUUUCUGCCUCCGUCUUCAGUGCUUGGCAGCUUUUACUUGAGCACAAUAAAAACGCUGAGCUAAGGGUA